CCAACUUCUCAGCACCACCACUUGCACUAACUCAACCCUCUCCUGAAAUGCUUGCCACUGCUGCAUGGAAACAGGCUGGUCGUCGUUCAUUGACCGAUGCCGCCAAGGCCGUCACCGCCACUCAAACGCGCGCUAUGCACGAUCUCACCAUGAGAAAGAAAACCGGUCAAACCAUGGUUAAAUACGGUCGCGGUGGCCGCUCUUCUACGAACGGUCAUAUCGCUACUGUUUUUGGCUGUACCGGUUUCCUCGGUCGUUAUGUCGUGAGCAAACUCGCCAAGCAAGGUACCCAGGUGGUGGUUGCUUAUCGUGAUCCUGAUGAAGCCAGACAUCUGAAAGUGACCGGUGAUCUCGGUCAAAUUACUCCUCUUGAAUUCGAUUUGAGAAACAAGGACCAAUUGAUGGAAUGUGUUCGUCAUUCUGACAUUGUGUAUAACCUCAUCGGUCGUGAUUACGAGACCAAGAACUUCACAUUCGAAAAUGUUCACGUUGAUGGUUCCCGUGCUCUUGCGGAAGCCUGUGCUGAAGCUGAUGUCGCUCGCUUUGUCCAGGUCUCUGCUUUGAACGCUUCCGAAGAUUCCACCUCCAAAUUCUUGCGCACCAAGGCUUUGGGCGAAAAGGCUGUGCGAGAAGUGCUUCCUGAUGCUACCAUUGUCCGUCCAGGCACCAUGUGGGGUCACGAAGAUCGUUUCUUGAACAGAAUUGGCGCUGGUGAUGGAUGGCAAUACUGGAUCAACGAGGGUCAGACCAAGAUCCGUCCCGUGGCUGCUACUGAUGUUGCUCAAGCAUUGGAAGUCAUGUUGACUGCUGAAUCUACCAUGGGAAAGACCUAUGAACUUUACGGUCCCAAGGAAUACAAGAUUUCCGAUAUCUAUGAACUUGCUCGUGAAAUCAUUCUCAAGCCUUUGCCCAUCCGUCCCUUACCCACAAGCGUUGCCAGACUCGGUGCCACCCUUUUGGACAAGCUUCCAUACAAUCAGAUGAUCAGCCCUGAUUUGAUCGAAAGAAUGACUUUGGAUGAUAAACCCACCCCUGGUGCGCUCACAUUCGCCGACCUUUACAUUGAACCCACUGUUUUGGAAGCCGUGGCUAUUCAGUUCCUUCGACGAUUCCGAAGCAACGCGGUGUUCGAUUUGCCUUUUGAAAAGGGUGAAGGAAAAAUUGAAAAGGGCGUUUACCACAUCAUUGAUUAAACAUGGCCCUGACUUACCCAAAAUGUCACCACGUAUAUGAAACCCUAGACAAAUAAAACAACAAAAAAGAAUGCCAGCAAAAGUUUACAAUCAACAUCGCUGAACCCUAAUUUUUUUCUAUUGUAUAAUGUUAUACAUAGAAUAUGUUUACAAAACUAGAUGGAACCUUCUCUUAUCAAAGGAUCACGAUUAAAUGGAAUGCAUAGUUCAUAUGAUAACAAAAAGUCAUGCGCGAUAAGCGCAGCUCAAUGGAAAACCAGGUCACAGGACUGUGAUCAUAUGCAUUUGUUUUCCUUCUUCCCCCGACCCACGG